AUCGCGAGAACGGAUAAUUGACAGAACGGGGUGAACUGCCUUCCCGUGCAUCAACGGAUCAGUCAGUGAAGGUGUUGCGUCUCCCUCCUGGCGUGAACGAUGUAAACCAGAAUGUCGAUUUACGAUUUGCCAAGUAAAGAAAGAACGGCUCACUGAAACACCACUUUGAUGCACGUUUUCUCCAAACUAACGGCUAACUUCAUUGCAUGAAGGGUGUAGUGAUAGGCGGGGUAGGAACCGUUGUGAGGGUUGUAUGUUGCUGGGGGGAGAGCACAAUAAAGUAUGUUCCGUCUUGACAUGAACGAGCGUCUGUCCCGUCUCUGCCUUAAGGGUUUCUAUGUACCUAUUAAACAAUAGAACAUGGUGUCAGAAGUGGGAUCCAAAAGUGUCGAAGCGAAGAGACUACUGGACUAGAGUAAGUCCCAAGCAAGACAGGACGUUGAAAGUGAUAAAAGUAACUUCAGUCCGCUAGCACGGCUAGGCAGGAGCUAACGCUAAGGGAGACGAGGAAGAAAACAACGAGGCUCGAAAAGAUGGCGCAAUAUCAAGUAAUGCCACCGGAAAAAUUCACGUUCAAGGCAGAAGACUGGCCCAAAUGGAUAAAACGCUUUGAGAGGUUUCGCAUCGCAUCAGGUUUGGAAACUCAAGCGGAGGAGAACCAAGUGAAUGCACUAAUCUACAGUAUGGGAGAAGAAGCGGAGGACAUUUUGGUUUCCCUCCACCUCACCCCAGAACAAAUGAGUGAGUACGGCAGAGUCACGCAGAGACUGGAUGCUCACUUUGUAGCUCGGAGAAAUAUAAUUUUUGAAAGAGCUAAGUUUAAUCAGCGGCAGCAAGAGAUAGGCGAGUCGGCAGACAGCUUUAUCACCGCGCUUCAUUGUUUAGCUGAACACUGUGGAUAUGGACAACUACACGAUGAGAUGGUCAGAGAUAGGCUUGUAGUUGGACUUCGAGACAAGCGUUUGUCAGAACUGUUGCAACUGGAUCCAGAACUUACAUUAGAAAAAGCAGUUACAAAAGCCAAACAGAGUGAAAUGGUCAAGAAACAACAAGAAAUGCUGAAAACGAACUUCAAGGGAGACGUCGUUAAUACUCACCUUGAUAGUGUACGCAUCAAACCACAAGGGGGCGCCAGACCCAAACAAAACAAAAUGCAGUGGAAACCAGGAUUUUCCACCAAAGCCAAACCAUGCACAAGAUGUGGAGACACAAAAGGUCACGCUUAUCAGCAAUGCCCGGCUAAAGAUGCCUCAUGCAAUAAUUGCAAGAAGAAGGGACAUUUUGCUAGAAUGUGCAGGUCCACGAAAAUGUAUGAGGUCAAUCUAGAAAGAUUAGAGGAUUUUUCUUCAGAGGAUAUUUCAUUUUUGGGUUCAUUGGCUUGUGAAUCUUCAGAUCCGUGGAUGACAGAAAUAGAAAUGGACAAGUCUAACGCUGUGUUUAAAAUUGACACAGGCGCGGAUGUGACAGCAGUUCCAGCUGGCAUGUAUGUAAAAGGACAAUUCAAAGAACUAAAGCAAACCAGAAAAGUGCUGAUGGGGCCAGGCAGGUCGCAGUUAAAGGUUAAAGGCAAGUUUUCGGCGACUCUCAAAAGAAGAGACAAAAGCAUAAUGGAGGACAUUUAUGUGGUUGAAGGACUAAGUACAGCUUUACUGAGCAGACAAGCAGCCACUGCAUUACAGCUAGUGGCUAGGCUUGAUACAGCUACUUUGGACAAUAAAGAGACAAUCAAGCAGGAAUUUCCAGAGCUAUUCACAGGGCUUGGAAUCAUGAAAGGAGAAUACCAUAUUGUACUUAAACCAGAAGCACAACCAUUCUCCGUUUCAACUCCACGACGCAUUUCUAUCCCUUUACUGCCAAAGGUUAAAGAGGAACUUUCUCGUAUGGAGCAACAAGGAGUCAUCUCCAAGGUGGAGCAGCCUACAGAAUGGUGUGCACCUAUGGUGGUGGUUCCCAAGCCCGCACGUGACAGAGUGAGAAUAUGUUCAGACCUCACUCAACUAAAUAAGUCUGUUUUGAGAGAAAGGCACCAGCUACCUUCAGUUGAAAACACGCUUGGACAGCUUUCAGGUGCCAAGGUCUUUUCAAAACUAGAUGCCAAUGCAGGUUUCUGGCAGAUUCCUCUUUCAAAAGACUCAUCACUGCUCACAACCUUUAUCACUCCUUUUGGUCGCUAUUGCUACAAUCGACUGUGCUUUGGACUAUCUUCAGCACCAGAACACUUUCAGAAACGCAUGCAGCAAAUCCUAGAAGGCCUGGAGGGAGUGGUGUGUCAGAUGGAUGACGUCCUCAUCUGGGGAGUGGAUCAGAUAGAGCACGACAAAAGACUGAGGGAAGCUCUCACACGUCUACGGGACGCGGGCGUGACACUUAAUGAUAAGUGUGAGUUUUCAAAGACUAAAAUCAAGUUCCUGGGUCAGAUCAUUCAGGCAACUGGAGUUAGCCCCGACCCAGAGAAAUUAAAUGCGGUGAAAGCCAUGAAGGAACCGACCAACAUUUCCGAGGUGAGAAGAUUUCUGGGAAUGGCAAAUCACUUGGGAAAGUUUUUGCCACACUUAGCAGAAAAGACACGUCCACUCAGAGAUCUGUUAAGAAAAACAAACAUGUGGUCAUGGGGACCUCAGCAGAUUCAGGCUUUUGAAAGCAUAAAAAUAGACUUGACAACACCUCCUGGGCUGGCAUUGUAUGAUCCUUCAGCUGAUACGCUAGUCUCAGCAGAUUCAUCUUCUUAUGGACUGGGUGCUGUAUUGUUGCAGAAAACAAGCAGUAUGGACUGGAAACCAGUGGCGUAUGCAUCACGCGCAUUGAGCACCACCGAGCAGCGCUACGCGCAAAUUGAGAAGGAAGCGCUAGCCACAACGUGGGCAUGUGAGAGGUUUGCAGAGUUUUUGAUUGGAAAGGACUUUCACAUUCAAACUGACCACAAACCUCUAGUCCCUCUGCUGGGCGCGAGAAAUCUGGACGAACUACCUCCACGUAUACAACGCCUGAAAAUGCGUCUCAUGAGAUUUUCAUUCACCAUAUCCCAUGUGGCGGGCAAAGAAAUCGCAACGGCUGAUGUUCUAUCAAGAGCACCGGUGACGUCUUCGGAGGACAGAUUACGGGAGGAGGAGAUCAACCUCUACGCCGACGCCGUAGUGGACAGCCUCCCUGCAACUGAGAAGAGACUUAAAGAGAUUCAGUCUCAUCAGGACAAAGAUGACAUUUUGCGACAGCUUAAGCAGUUCUGUGUAAGUGGUUGGCCAGACAAGUUUUCGAUUGAAAAGACUUUUAUGCCAUAUUUCCCUUUUGCAGGUGAACUGACUGUUCAGAAUGGGUUGUUGUUAUUAGGCUGUAGGCUGGUCAUUCCAAAAACACUCAGAGAUGACAUGCUAAACAAACUUCACGAAGGUCACUUAGGAAUUACCAAGUGCAGGGAACGUGCUAAACAAUCUGUGUGGUGGCCAGGUCUUAGCAAAGAUUUAAAGCAACUCAUUGAGAAGUGUGACACAUGUGCCCGUGAGCGAGUUAACAACAGAGAGACAAUGUUAGGAACUGAGUUUCCUUCAAGACCAUGGUGUACAGUCGGGGUAGAUUUGUUUCAGUUCGGUAAAAACCAGUAUCUUGCGGUUGUAGAUUACUUUUCACGGUUUUGUGAGGUAGCCAAGCUUUCGUGUACAACUUCGGACGCUGUGAUUACCCACUGUAAAUCUAUUUUUGCUCGACAUGGUAUCCCUGAGGUUGUACGCUCAGAUAAUGGUCCGCAAUUUGCAUCUGAAGAGUUCAGAAGGUUUGCACGGAUGUGGGGGUUUUCACAUGUCACAUCCAGUCCACAUUUCCCACAGAGUAAUGGGGAGGUGGAGCGGGCAAUAAGGACUGUCAAAAGUCUACUAAAAAAGUCCAGUGAUCCCUACUUAGCUUUAAUGGCUUACCGUGCCGCACCUUUAGCAAAUGGUUGUAGUCCAACUGAACUGCUAAUGGGGCGUAAAAUACGUACUACUGUUCCGGUCAUUCCCUCUCAGCUAGAUCCGAAAGGAGCGGAUUUGGAAGAUGUGAAGAGGAAGGAGCAGAGCUACAGACAAAAACAAAAACUGAAUUUUGACAAACGACAUAGAGCUCACACAUUGCCUGCCUUACAACCUGGAGACCAUGUGUGGGUCAAGGACAUGCAACAGAGAGGUACUGUAGUGUCCACAGCGAACACACCAAGAUCCUACAUCGUCGAAACAUCUGGGGGAAAUCUCCGGCGAAACAGGUAUCAUCUCUCACGCACACCUGUGGCUCCAGAACCACACAUCACUGUCCCUGAUAUGGGGGAAAGCAACUCUACAGAGACUCUGAAAGGACCGGUCUCUCCUGUUGUACUCUCUGGUUCACCAGAAUCUGAGAGACGCUAUCCUUCUCGCGUCGGGAAGACCCCAGAGUACCUUAAAGAUUAUGUUACUUGAGUUCACAUGUUUAACUUCAGGGUCUGGGCUGUCAGAUUUGGUAAUACCAAUUAUUUAAUAGUUAAGUUGUUGCCACUGGGUUCAUAUAUUGGGAUGGUAUUGAGUUGUAAAACAUUUCACCUUUUUCAGCUUGUUGUUGAGGAAAUAAUCUGUUGUACUAAUUUUCGACACAAAGUUUAUUUCCCAUUGAGAAAGGGGGAUGUAGUGAUAGGCGGGGUAGGAACCGUUGUGAGGGUUGUAUGUUGCUGGGGGGAGAGCACAAUAAAGUAUGUUCCGUCUUGACAUGAA